UAUGCAUAUAAUCAAUCAUAGUAAUGAACUGCUUUAAGUAAAGGUCAACUGAAAGCAGAUUAAUUUUUCAGCUUCAGCUUCAUCUUCAACUUGGGUUCUCUGUGUUUUUGUUUUGAAAAAAUGGGUGGAUUUUAGAGGUCAAGUUUAGUUUUUUCAAGUGACAGAUGGUUCAGAGGAGUGAGGGGGAGAAGGGUUUAAUGGAGGCUGAAGAAAGAGGGUUUUCAGAUUUGUGUAGGAACACAAGCGAGGAGAUGUUUUUGAAGUCGUUAAUGGAGACUUCCAUGGGAAUGCCUGCUCCAACUAUGGAAAUGUUAGGGUUUAAAAAUCUUUCUCAGACUUUAAGAACUGAUAGUGAAGAGCUCUUCAAAAGCUGGCUCACUAAUGGAGAGAAUCAUGGCUAUAAUUCAUCAGGCAUAGCACAUCGAACGAGACAGGCAUCAAGAAGGAUAUCCGCAGAGCUAAACAAUUUGUCUAGUCACCAACAUGGAAGUAUGCUACAGAAGAAAAAAAGCAAUGAUGUCUUAUUUUCACAGAACAAUCCCUCGGUCGAAGAAAUCCCCGGCGACCUCAAUCAACAUUCGAUCAGGAACGCUGUUGAGAGAGGACUCCAGGCCAGUAAUCUGUAUUUAGCCAAGGCCUGGUUUCAUAGUUCUCAACCAAUGACAAGAAGUCGAUCCUCCGAAUUGCGGAGGAGGUAUGCCGCUAUGCAAACAACUCAAACAACACUAGGUGUGGAAGCUGUGCACAAUGCUUCGCUGUAUGGCCCCAAAAAAAUGAGAGAAGAAUCUGCAAAUCCAAAUAGUUUCAAUGAUCUUCCUAUGUGUGAGAUUCCCAACCAAAUAGGCUCAUUCAUGUCUCUAUCCAAUUCACCCUCAUCUACAUUCAACACUCCGCAAACGGGUAAUGUCGAUCAAGUGUCCUCUGUUGUAAGCAUGCUAAAGGGUACCUUAGAACGCAAGAAACUUAGUAACCAGAUUGAGAAAGAAGCUGUUGAAGAAUGCUCAAAUGGGAUUUAUCAUCCAGCUCAAGAAGUUAUAGUUCAUACUAGUUUCAGUCAGGGACAUGUAAAUCAGAUUCAUGAACUGCCUGGAACUUUUCAAGGAUUAUCUGCAGGCCAAGUGAAGAAUCCUGUAACUCUACAAGGAUCUCUGGACCUUGACUUGGAAGGUUUUGUAAAUCCUGCUCACCCAAUUCAGGUGAGCACAGUUUCUCGGGAACCUUCGCAGAGUGAAUCUUCUGCGGCUGCACCGGUAAUCUCAUCUGGUUUUGAAGUAUGUGAUGGUCCUAGUAACUCAAGUCAAACUAUAAGCAUCUGUGAGAGCUCCAGGAGACAAGCUGGAAACUCUAGAAGCAUAGAAAAUGGCUCCAGAGCAAAAGAUAUCCGAGAACGAAUAAUUGACAAUUUGAAAGAUGACCGGAAGAGGGGAGAACUAGUUCGGUGUGGAUCUGUGACUUCAGCUGGUUCAGCAGACAAAGGAGAUCCCACAAAAAAGCGAAGGGUGGAGCGGUCGAGAAAGAUGGCAGAGGCAAAGGAAAGGAAUUUGACACCAGCAAUUCCAUCUGAUCUGCAGUCUGUCUUAAAGCGGUGUGAAAAUCUUGAAAAGGAAGUGCGAUCACUCAAACUUAACUUGUCUUUCAUGAACAGGAAGGAUUCUGAACAGACUAAGCAGAUAGAAGAACUUCAGAAGCAGAAUGAAGAUUUGAUGGAUGAAAAGGAGCGUCUCCUGGAAGAGAUCGAACGGAUCAUCUCAGAAACAGGAAAGAUGUAGAACUGAUUUAUAUAGUCUUUUUCCAGCUCCCCAUAUGUUUUAGCAGUAAGCAAAACUUCAAAGGUUCCAAUUCCAAAGAUCCAGUUCAGAAACCAAUCGGGAAUCAACAUGCAAAUGAAUAAGCAAAAGAAAGACUAAAAGCCUGCCCUUGAUGUAUCUGUAUAGGCAGGGUGGCUUACUUGGUAAAUACAGAUAAAGAAAACCCAUAUCAUAUGGGUAGUAAUCCAGUUUCUAACUUUGGUUGUAGUAGAUUUUGGAAAGUUCAAACUCCAAUUUGUUGAGAAAUUCAUAUCUCAGAGAAAGUUUUGCUGCUCCUGAAGCCAACAAGCAUCUAUAAAUUUGUUCUUUACUCUCAUUCUCUUGCUGAUAAAAGUAAAAGACACUAUGCUGCAAAAGCCAUUUGACUUCAUAU